AAAGCUUUUCAGGACUCUGUCUACGCACAAACACCAUGAGCAAGUUCAUUCUUCUUGCAGGUUUCUGGCUUUCCUUUGGAAGUUUGGUCUCGUCCACCAGACUGGUUUGUUAUUUCACCAACUGGUCCCAGUACCGACCUGGCAAUGGAAAGUUCAUGCCUCUAAAUGUUGAUCCCAACCUGUGUACCCACCUGAUCUACGCAUUUGCUGGUAUUAAUGAAGCAAACGAGUUGGUCACCAUCGAAUGGAACGAUGAUGAACUUUAUAAAUCUUUUAACGGACUCAAACAGAGGAGUCAAAACCUGAAAACACUGUUGGCAGUCGGAGGCUGGAACUUUGGAACACAAAAGUUCACUACAAUGGUGUCAACGCAACAAAACAGAAAUACAUUUAUCCAGUCUUCCAUCAAACUACUGAGAAAAUAUAGUUUUGAUGGACUCGAUCUGGAUUGGGAAUAUCCUGGUGCAAGAGGAAGUCCUCUGGAGGACAAGCAGAGAUUCACACUGUUGUGCAAGGAGCUCCUGGAGGGUUAUGAGGCUGAGGCAAGAGCAACAGGGCAGGCCAGAUUAUUGAUCUCUGCUGCUGUGGCUGCUGGAAAAGGAACCGUUGAUACUGGUUAUGAAAUCGCAGAGAUGGCAAAGUACCUGGACUUUGUUAAUGUAAUGACAUAUGAUUUUCAUGGCACCUGGGAGACUGUGACAGGACAUCAUAGCCCAUUAUACAAGGGAUCUCAAGACAUCGGGGACCAUGUUUACUUAAAUACUGACUUUGCCAUGGGGUAUUGGCGGGACAAAGGAACUCCCGUUGAAAAAUUAAACAUGGGCUUUGCAACAUACGGGAGAACAUUUAGACUGUCUGGUCAGUCCAGUCAGGUUGGAGCACCUGUCAGUGGUCCAGCUGCUGCUGGUGCUUUUACAAGGGAGGCCGGCUUCUGGUCCUAUUAUGAGAUUUGCACAUUUCUCCAAGGGGCCAGUGUCUACUUGAUUCAGGACCAGAAAGUUCCAUAUGCUGUAAAUCAAAACGAGUGGGUUGGAUUUGACAACAAAGAAAGCUUUGAGACCAAGGUGCGUUACCUAAAAGACAACCAAUUUGGAGGAGCUUUCAUCUGGGCUCUGGAUCUGGAUGACUUUAAUGGACAGUUCUGCGGACAAGGAAACUAUCCACUCAUCAACCAUCUCCGCUUACUUUUAGCUUCAGAUCUACCUCCCCUUUCCCCUACGGAAACAACCCCAAAUCAGGCGACUCCAUCUACAAGCAAAGAAAAACCUGACAACAAACCUCAGCCCAGACCUACAGUCACAACUUCAUCCACAGUCCCAGAAAACUUCUGCGCGACAAAGACUGGUGGUGUUUAUGCCAAACCAGAUGCCCCUGGUUCGUUUUACAACUGUGCCAAUGGCAUCACCUGGAUCCAAAACUGCCCUGCUAAUCUGGUCUUCCAAGAAGCCUGCAAAUGCUGUAACUGGCCCUAAAGCUUGAAUAUCAUUUAAAUUGCCACAUAAAAAUAGGAAACACAAACCCUAAUUCUAAUGACUUCGACAUUGACAAGCUAGAAACAGUCGGUCAGGUGCAGCCAUGUAUUCAUGCAGACUUCUCUAACUUCAACACUUCACAGCUUGCUAUCAAGGGACAGCAAACUGUUGCUAUAUGAAAUUAUUUACCACAGCCCUGUAAUAAUCUGCUAUAACAACCUGCUCACUAUUUAUGAACACUUACCUUACACCUUCACUCUUUUGAAUGAUCAAAGGUGCUUUUAAUGUAAUUUUAUGGGUAUAUGUUGUUUUUGUUUAACAGUGAAGGUAGAAAAAAAAUCUAAAUACUAAAGUUCCUAAAAUGCUCAAUGACAUCCCUGAAUUUAGAUCCCUUAACACAAAACCAGAGGCUGCCAUUAAAGAUAUGUUGGAUUACUAUCAUGCCCACAUAAGAUGUUUGCUGACACUGUUGGUGAAUUUGUUGAUGCUAUACAAUUAUAUGUGGUCCAAAAUAAAGCUCAUCAUGAUUUAU